AGUCUAUGGGUGGAGAGAACUACACUGAUCUUGGUGCAGAGUUUACCUGGAAUAUCUCGUUGGUUUGAAGUGGAAAAACGUGAAGUAGUGGAAAUGAGUCCCCUUGAGAAUGCUAUUGAAGUCCUAGAAAACAAGAACCAGCAGCUGAGAACACUGAUUAGUCAGUGUCAAACUCGACAGAUGCAAAAUAUUAACCCUCUCACCAUGUGUCUAAAUGGGGUCAUUGAUGCAGCAGUUAAUGGUGGAGUUGCUAGAUACCAAGAGGCAUUCUUUGUCAAAGAAUAUGUCUUGAACCACCCAGAGGAUGGAGAGAAGAUCACACGCUUGAGAGAGCUGAUGCUUGAGCAGGCCCAGAUUUUAGAAUUUGGCUUGGCAGUGCAUGAAAAGGUGGUGCCACAGGACAUGAGGCCAUUGCACAAAAAAUUGGUGGAUCAGUUCUUUGUGAUGAAGUCAAGCUUGGGAAUACAGGAAUUUUCUGCCUGUGUACAAGCUAGCCCUAUUCAUUUCCCAAAUGGAAGUCCUCGUGUAUGCCGAAAUUCCAUGCCUGUUUCUAUGAGUCCCGAUGGUGCCAGAGUAAUACCACGACGCAGUCCCUUGAGCUACCCAGCUGUCAAUCGGUAUUCGUCCUCAUCACUGUCCUCCCAAGCUUCUGCUGAAGUCAGCAAUAUCACUGGGCAAUCAGAAAGCUCUGAUGAAGUUUUUAACAUGCAGCCUAGUCCAUCUACCUCAAGCCUGAGUUCCACUCAUUCUGCUUCGCCUAACGUGACCAGUUCUGCUCCAUCCAGUGCCAGAGCCUCUCCUCUGUUGUCUGACAAACAUAAGCAUUCCCGAGAAAACUCUUGCCUGUCCCCCAGAGAGAGGCCCUGCAGUGCCAUCUACCCCACUCCUUUGGAAUCCUCACAGACUGCAAACUCUUGCUUUGCCAAGUGGAAUGCGACUUCUAUCCCCCACUCUACCCGAGAUUCCAUAAGGGAGGCUGAGGAGCUCGUAGGCCCAGUCCCCACUCUCUCUGAGGCUCGCCCAGCAGGAAAAUCUCCCAAUCUGUCUCUACCCUCAGUGUCCCAAGAGAGGAGGAUGCUGUUUAAUCAUAUUGGAGACAGUGCUUUGCCACGAAGUGAUUCCAAUCUGCCUGGCCCUGACAAAGCUGUAAACACCACUCCAAGCAGCUGGAGCCUAGACAGUGGGAAGGAAGCCAGAAACACAUCAGAAAGUGGAAAGCUUAUAUCUCCUCCCGUACCACCAAGACCUGCACAGACUGCAUCACCAGCAAGACACAUUGCCUCCAUUUCCCCUUCUCCUGCUGGCAGAUCACCGAUGAAGGGGACCGUGCAGUCAUUCACACCAUCUCCAGUGGAGUACCAGUCCUCGGGGCUCAUAUCCAACUCCCCGGUGCUGUCCGGGAGUUACAGCAGCGGCAUCUCUUCGCUCAGCCGCUGUAGCACGUCGGAGACAUCGGGCUUUGAAAGCCAAGGCAGCGAACCCACAGUGACUGUCCCAAGCUACAGCGCUUCCGAGGAGCCUGUGAGAAAAGAAAGCAAAACCCCCCCGCCUUACAGCGUGUACGAGCGGACUCUGAAACGCCCCGUUCCUCUACCUCACAGCCUCUCCAUCCCGCCCGCCGCGGACCCGCCGGCGCUGCCACCCAAGCCGCAGCUGGUGCGCCCAAACAACCUGGAGAACAGCAGCAGGAGGACUGAGCAGGUUCCCCGGCCCAGGCCUCUGCCCCGCAAAGUCUCUCAGCUAUGA